UCCAUCGGAAUAAUGCGUCCUUUCAAAUUAUUGGCGCUCAGGAAUGACUGUCCGUUUGAAGCUGAGUCUGUGAUAUGCUUUCUGAAAUGCUUGAGGUAUCUCGUGUGCAGCGUUCCGAAGUCUUCAAAUGGGAUAUGGGUGAGGCUAUGAAAUUGCCCUUCGCACGCUUGUAUCCUGCAGACGAUGGGAGGAGUGUCUGCCAGCAUCUCCAAGACCGCCGCCGCACCCAUCGAGCGUGUCAAGCUGCUCCUCCAGAAUCAAGAUGAGCUGAUCAAGGCUGGACGUCUCUCUCACCCAUACCGAGGCGUCACUGACUGCUUCAAGCGCGUCGUCGUCGACGAGGGGUUUGUGUCACUCUGGCGCGGCAACGGCACGAAUGUGCUCCGUUACUUCCCUACCCAGGCCUUGAACUUUGCAUUCAAGGACUACUUCAAGGCCAUGUUCAACUACCAGAAGGACAAGGACGGCUAUGCGAAGUGGCUGGCCGGCAAUCUGGCCUCUGGAGCUGCUGCUGGCGCCUUCUCCCUGACCUUUGUGUAUUCGCUUGACUAUGCCCGCACGCGUCUCUCCAGCGACGGGAAGGGGAAGAAUGGGGGCUCGCGCCAGUACACGGGUCUGAUGGACGUGUAUAAGAAGACCCUUGCCUCGGACGGCAUCGCGGGCCUUUACCGUGGAUUCUCUUUGUCAAUCGUCGGCAUUGUCAUCUAUCGUGGAUUGUACUUUGGAUUGUACGACUCGAUCAAGCCCUCCAUGCCUGGCGCCCUUCAAGGCUCCUUCAUUGCCUCGUUCAUCCUUGGCUUCGGCGUCACCAACCUGGCCAGCUUGGUCUCAUACCCUUUCGACACUGUUCGCCGCCGCAUGAUGAUGACCUCGGGCGAAGCUGUGAAGUACAAGUCCUCGUUUGAUGCUUUCAGACAGAUUGUCACCCAGGAGGGCUACAGAUCCCUCUUCAAGGGUGCUGGAGCGAACAUUCUCCGCGCGGUCGCUGGAGCUGGCGCCUUGUCUGGCUACGAACAACUCCAGGUCCUUGUCCUUGGCAAGGCCUAUUACGGCGGGUCGUCUUAAGGGACCUUCGCUGCUGUCGAUUCCCUAUGGACCGUAUUCUGCAUUCGUCCGGGUUCUGAAUACUCUCCCACUCGCUCAAUCUCACUCUCCACUCAUUACGUUCUGCUGCUACGACAGAAUAACUCCCCUCUCUUUUAUGAUACUGUUCUCUGGCCGCCAUGAGAACUAUUUAAUAAAUAGCGAUCUGAACGCAGGGAAAUAUCGCUUUUUAUUACAAAUAGUAUGAAGUACAACUGGUAUAAAAUAUAUGUUAUUUUCCGAAAUCGAGCAUCCCAGGCCAGCCGAGGCGUC